GAAGCGGAGCGCUGGCUGGAAGCUGUCACACAGUAGUUGUGGCGAAAGCAGGAGAAGCCCUUUCCGGACGCGCGCGCCCAACUGUUGCGCUACACGGACAAACGACGCGGGAGAAAAACAACGUUAAAUAUUUUUUGACAGCAACUUCCACAUACUCUUCGGGGAAUUAAUCUCUCGUGUUUCUGCAAUGGCUGAUAUCAUACAAAGCAACGACCAAUCCUCAUCUGACGUUGCAAAUCGAUUCGCCCGUAAAGGUGCUUUGAGGCAGAAAAACGUCCAUGAAGUAAAAAACCACAAAUUUAUUGCGAGAUUUUUCAAGCAGCCGACUUUCUGCAGUCAUUGCACGGACUUUAUUUGGGGGUUUGGCAAGCAAGGAUUUCAGUGCCAAGUGUGCUGUUUUGUGGUCCAUAAACGUUGCCACGAAUUUGUCACAUUCUCAUGCCCUGGAGCUGAUAAAGGACCAGACACCGAUGACCCUAGGAGUAAGCAUAAAUUUAAGAUCCACACUUAUGGCAGUCCAACAUUCUGUGACCACUGUGGAUCUCUUCUAUAUGGGCUCUUACACCAAGGGAUGAAAUGUGACUCCUGUGAUAUGAACGUCCAUAAGCAGUGUGUGAUGAAUGUGCCAAGCCUUUGUGGAAUGGACUUCAAAGAGAGACGAGGGCGUCUUUACAUUAAGAUUGAGGUGAUCGGAGACAAAAUGCAUGUCACAGUUGGAGAAGGCAAGAACAUGAUUCCAAUGGACCCAAAUGGAUUGUCUGAUCCAUAUGUAAAACUCAAGUUAAUUCCAGACCCUAAAAAUGAGACGAAACAGAAAACAAAAACCAUCCGUUCUUCCCUGAAUCCAGCUUGGAAUGAAUCAUUUACAUUUAAGCUGAAGCCAGCAGAUAAGGACCGUCGGCUGUCUGUGGAGGUGUGGGACUGGGACAGAACUACCCGCAAUGACUUCAUGGGCUCAAUGUCUUUUGGUGUGUCCGAGCUCAUGAAGUCCCCAGUGUGUGGAUGGUACAAAAUGUUAAAUCAGGAGGAGGGAGAGUUUUACAAUGUGCCCAUUCCAGAUGAAGAUGACGAGGAUACUGAGCUCCGACAGAAGUUUGAGUGUUUGCGGAUGGAAAUCCCAUCAGGAUUUGUGCUUUAG